AGCAGCUCUGCUCAUCCAACCUCUUUCCUUCCAGGGAUGAGGAGAACCUUCCCAAAGCUCUCCCUGCCCGCUGCCAGGAUCAGGUGGCAGUGCCCGUCCCGCUCCCGGGAUUCGCUCAUCCUCUGAAACCCGAUUCUCUUUUUGGAAGACUUCUCCUGCCCUGCGUUCCCGUAAAUAGGUUCUCCUGCCGACCUUCCCGCCCGGGCAUUGACAUUUCUCCCGUGCCACGGGAAGGAGGAAAGGUCUCGACGGGGCUUGGAGCGUGAUUAGGUUUUUUCCAUGUUUUCUGCUUCCGUCCCGUUUCCCAAUGGAAGAGGCACGUUAUUCCCUCGGAAGCGCUCGCUGCGACGUCCUUGCGCUGCCCAUCUUCAAGCAGGAAGAAUCCAAUUUGCCUCCGGAAAACGAGAACAAAAUCCUGCCCUUCCAGUAUGUGCUGUGUGCCGCCACUUCCCCGGCCGUCAAGCUCCACGACGAGACACUCACUUAUCUCAACCAAGGCCAGUCCUAUGAAAUCCGGAUGCUGGACAACAGGAAGAUCGGGGAGUUGCCGGAGAUCAAUGGGAAGCUGGUAAAGAGCAUAUUCCGGGUGGUGUUCCAUGACCGGCGGCUGCAGUACACGGAGCAUCAGCAGCUGGAGGGCUGGCGGUGGAACCGGCCUGGAGACAGGAUUCUGGACAUAGAUAUCCCGAUGUCUGUGGGCAUCAUCGACCCGAGAGCAAACCCAACGCAGCUGAACACGGUGGAGUUCCUGUGGGAUCCUUCAAAGAGAACGUCGGUGUUCAUCCAGGUUCACUGCAUCAGCACGGAGUUCACCAUGCGGAAGCACGGAGGAGAGAAGGGGGUGCCUUUCCGGGUCCAGAUAGACACGUUCAAGGAGAACGAGAAUGGAGAGUACACGGAGCACCUGCACUCCGCCAGCUGCCAGAUCAAGGUCUUCAAGCCCAAAGGAGCUGAUCGGAAGCAGAAGACGGACAGGGAGAAGAUGGAGAAGCGAACACCUCACGAGAAAGAGAAAUACCAGCCGUCCUACGAGACGACGAUCCUGACCGAGUGUUCGCCUUGGCCGGAGAUAACAUACGUCAACAACGCCCCAUCCCCUGGCUUUAAUAGUUCCCACAGCAGUUUUUCCAUUGGCGAAGGGAAUGGCUCUCCAAACCACCAGCCCGAGCCACCCGCUCCGAUCGCAGAUGUAAGUCACACCCCAGAGCUUGUGCUUGUGAACCUCCUGCCCACCAGCACGCCCCAGGAGGCUCAGCAGUGGCUGCACCGGAACCGUUUCUCCACCUUUUCUCGGCUAUUCAGAAACUUCUCAGGUGCGGACCUGCUGAAGCUGACCAGGGAAGACGUGAUCCAGAUCUGCGGCCCUGCGGAUGGCAUCCGGCUCUUCAACGCCCUGAAAGGCCGGAUGGUGAGGCCCAGGUUGACCAUCUACGUCUGCCAGGAGUCCCAGCAGCUGCGAGACCUCCAGCAGAAACACGAGGACGGGGACACGGGAACCAGCACGUUUUUUGUGUACCACGCGAUCUACCUGGAGGAGCUGACGGCGUUGGAGCUGACGGAGAAGCUGGCCCAGCUCUUCAGCAUCUCUUCCCAACAAAUCAGCCAGAUUUACAAGCAGGGGCCGACGGGGAUACACGUGCUCAUCAGUGACGAGAUGAUACAGAACUUCCAAGAUGAAUCCUGUUUCGUUCUGGACACCAUGAAAGCCGAAACCAAUGACGGUUACCACAUCAUCCUAAAAUAGGAGGGGAGGCAGAGGAGCGCCCGCGAGCCUCUCGGUGCCCACGCAGACCCCUCGCUUCCAGCGCAAGGACAGGAGCAGAGAUCUGGAAGCACCUGGACACCCUCUGGAAAGACUCCGAGCUGCUGGUUGCUCGGUUGUCUCUCUUGUAGGGAUCUUCCUUGCUCUGAUGGUGUUUGGUCGCCAUCGAUGGUGAUGUGUUGAUGAACUUCUGGAGCUCUGAGGCUUGGAGUGACCAGGUCACGCUCUCAUGCAGGAGAAAUUUGCUUUUGGGACCUACCACCUGCAUGAGGGCUUUCUCCAGGCCGGCGUGCUCUGCUUCUCUGAGAGGCAUCGGCUCCCGUGGCGCUCAAAGACUGGCAAGCAAACAUGAAUUCCAGUGGCCCAGCGAGGCCAGUUGGGCUUUGGGCAGAUAUUGAGCUUGAGCGGAGCUCAACCAAGCGCUGUGCUGAGCUGGGGGAGCGGCAGCUGGGGGCACGAGGGCUUUCCUAAAAGAUUUUGUGAAGCUUUCAUUUUACUAUUACAACGCGUCUCUUAGAAAAAAGGUGGUGACUUCAUUUUUCUCCUCUCCACCCACCGGAAAAUGAUGUCAGAUGUGGCGCCGUCCUUUGGCGUAAGGUCGCCGGGAGCUUUAUAUGCAGAUUUGGGUGUGUAAAGCUGGAGCAAAACAUGGAGUGAAGCGGAGCUGGAUAAAGAAAUAGCUGA